AUGACGUUAGCUCAUUCUCGCCAAUUCUCAACAUCGCUUAACCCCAUCAACAUUACCUCACUUUCCAAACAACUAAUCCAACUCGGACGCAUCAACAACCCCAAUACCUUCUCAGACACUACUCACCACCAACAACUCCAAGCUUCAUCCCUCAUCUCAAACCUCAAUAACUGCACAUGUCUCCCCCAAAUCAAACAACUCCACUGCCACGUCAUCCGACAAGGCCUCGACCAAAGCUGUUACAUCAUCACAAAACUAAUCCGCACCCUCACAAACCUCAACGUCCCCAUGGAUCCCUACCCUCGCCGCAUCAUGAACCUCGUCCAGUUCCCUAACCCGUUCCUAUACACAUCCGUGAUCCGCGGCUACGCGGUUCAACAAAACCUGUCGGAAGCGGUUACGAUGUACGGAUCCAUGAGGAGAGAAGGGAUCACUCCCGUUUCCUUCACUUUCUCCGCUCUCUUGAAAGCUUGCGGUUCCGUCGGAGAUUUGAGUUUGGGUCGGCAGUUUCACGCGCAGACUUUUAAACUCAGCGGGUUCUGUUCUGUCUACGUUGGCAACACGAUGAUUGGUUUUUAUGUGAAGUGUGGGGAUUUGGAAUCUGCGCGGAAGGUGUUCGAUGAAAUGCCUGAACGAGACGUGAUUUCGUGGACUGAGGUUAUAGCGGCGUACGCGAAAUCCGGGGAUAUGGAAUCUGCGGAGGGGAUGUUUGAGAGGUUGCCUAAGAAGGAUGUGGUGGCUUGGACGGCCAUGGUUACGGGGUUUGUGCAGAAUGCUAAACCUCUGGAGGCGGUGGAGUGUUUCGAUAGAAUGGAGAGGUCAGGAGUUUUGCCUGAUGAAGUCACUGUGGCUGGGUUUAUAUCUGCUUGUGCACAGCUUGGAGAUAGCAAGUAUGCGGAUAGAGCUGUUGAAAUGGCUUUGAAAUUUGGGUAUUCUCUGAGAGAUCAUGUUGUUAUCGGGUCUGCUUUGAUCGACAUGUAUUCGAAAUGCGGGAAUGUGGAAGAGGCAGUAAAAGUGUUUGAGUCGAUGAAGAACAAGAAUGUUUUUACUUACAGCUCUAUGAUCCUUGGUCUUGCUAUGCACGGGCGGGCGAAAGAGGCUUUAGAUUUGUUUCAUUACAUGGUAACACAAACCACGAUUAAACCAAACAAUGUUACUUUUGUUGGCGUGCUUACGGCUUGUAGCCACGCCGGACUUGUUGACCAAGGACGUCAAAUGUUUGCUUCUAUGCAUCAAACAUUCGGCGUUGAGCCAACGCGUGAGCACUAUACAUGUAUGGUCGAUCUUCUAGGGCGUGUGGGGAGGUUGCAAGAAGCGCUUGAAGUGGUUCAAACAAUGUCUGUGGAGCCACACGGAGGUGUGUGGGGUGCGUUGCUAGGUGCUUGUAGGAUCCACAAGGAUCCGGAUGUUGCAGAGAUUGCUGCAAAGCGUUUGUUUGAAUUGGAACCGGAUGUCAUCGGAAACUAUAUCUUGCUAUGUAACGUGUACGCUUCAGCUGGAGAUUGGGACGGUGUUUUAAGAGUGCGGAGACUGAUUAAAGAAAAGGGUUUGAAGAAGACACCAGCGGUUAGUUGGGUUGUGGAUGAGAAAGGUCAGAUGCACAAGUUUUCCCCAGGGAACAUGAACCAUCCGAUGUCGGAUAAGAUUCAAGGGACGUUAGAAGAGCUUGUAGAGAGAUUAAAUGUGUUAGGUUAUCAACCGGAUUUAAGUUCUGUACCGUACAAUGCGAGUGACGAUGAGAAGAGGUCGAUACUGACUAGGCACACCGAGAAGCUGGCGUUAGCGUUCUCCUUGAUAACUACGAGCAGAGAUUGUACGAUAAAGAUAAUGAAGAAUCUGAGGAUGUGCCAAGAUUGUCACACGUUUAUGCGUUUGGCGUCGGAGGUUACAGGGAGGGUGAUUAUAGUUAGGGAUAAUAUGAGAUUCCACCGUUUUAGGAGUGGAGCUUGUUCCUGUGGUGAUUUUUGGUGAUAAUGGAGAUUAUACAGUCUACAGAGCAAAUUCGAUAUCUGAGAAGAUUUUCUUGUGAAUCAAGAGAAGUGCUAUGCGAAAACAUGUUGUGAACACUUCGAAGUCAAAGAGGUUCGUCAGAGAACUUGAAAGCAUCUCGUGAAGACUUGAGAGCCUAGUUUAUAGUGUCUAAGGCCCUUGCAAUGAUGCACAGGAUGAUGUUGUUUUAUGUGCGUUCUGAGGUUUUGGAGGCUCCCAUAUUACUGGAAAGGUUACUAAUUAGUUUUCCCUGACCAUAUGAGUUUAGCCAAAUCACACAAACAACAAGAUUAUAAAUGUUUCUUCUUCUUGCAUACCAAAUUUGCUGUAAGAAGCUUGGGAUGAUUACCACAGGUUUCUCUCUGGUAAGAAAAUGACAAAGAAGCUUAGAUUGUCAAACAGGGGAUCAAGAAGCAGUAUAAAUCACUUUUGCAAU